AUGGAGGCCAAGUGUGAGGCGGUGAUUACUGUGUUGGUUCACCUGCUGGAGAGCAGUAAGGCGCUGCUGCUGGAGCAGCAGGAGGAGCAGGCACGGGCAGAGAAGGAGGAGGAGGAGGAUAAGGAGAAUAUGGAGUGUGCAGGGCUUCAGCAGAAGCAGAAGCAGAAGCGGAAGGAGAGGAAGCAACACGGGCUCUCCCUCUCCUCCUUUGCCUGGCGAAAAUGCCUCCGAUACUACCUCGACCCUUCCCUCCCUCCCCUCCACCGCCUCUCUGUUCAAAUCGCAGACGCCUCUUUCACCUACGGGUUUGAAUACUCUGGCUGUACUCCCUCCCUCGUCCGCACCUCCCUCACUGACCGCUGCUUCCUCGCACUUUCCCAGGCGCUCUGGCACGGCCAGGGCAGCGCUCUGAUUGGUCCAGCUGGCACGGGGAAGACGGAGACGGUCAAGGCGCUCGGGCGGCAGCUCGGGCGGCCGGUUUUGGCGUUAUCUUGCGAUAGGAGCUUUGACAGUGCGGCGGUGGGGCGGGUUUUGGAGGGAGUGGCGAGGCUGGGCGCGUGGGGGGUGCAUGGACGAGUUCAACCGGUUGGACGAGAGUACAAUGUCUGCGAUCUCGCAGCACCUGGUGGCGAUUCAGGGCGCGCUGAGGGAGGGACGGAGAGAGGCCGUGCUGGCUGGGACUGCCGUGCCCGUGCACCCUGCCACUGGAGGGAGGCGGUGCUGGCUGGGACUGCUGUGCUCGUGCACCCUGCCACUGGUGAGUGCGCGGAUAUUCUUCUGCUGUUGUGUGUGGACUGCUGUGUGUGCUCUGUGAGACUGUGGCGAUUUGCACUCAUCCUUCCACUUUACCCCAUUCCCUUACUCGCUCGCAGCCUUUUCGACUCCCUCCCAGGCAUAUUCGUGACGCUCAACCCGCGCUAUGCAGGCAGGGACCAUGCCCUUUCCGUCACUAACCCAUACGCACCAUUCUCCACCCCCUCCCUUCAUCUCCCUCCCAGGCAUAUUCGUAUAUUCGUGACGCUCAACCCGCGCUAUGCAGGCAGGGACCAUCUGCCUGAGAGCCUGUCCGCCCUCCUGCGUCCUCUGACAGUCGCCGUCCCUGAUGCAUGCGCCAUCGCCCAUGUGACUCUGCUGUCGUGUGGGUUCUCGCAUGCGGAGAGGCUGGCUGACGCUGCCACCCGCAUAUUCCAGGAGUCCGAGCAGUGCUUGGCCCCCCAGCCUCAGUACGACUUCAGUCAGAGAGCGCUCAAAGCAGCUCUGAGAUCUUCUCUCACUCUCUCAUUUCGCUCCUUCCUCGUCAUCCCUCUUGUCUACCUUGCCCCGCAGGAGUCUGAGGAAUGCUUGGACCCCCAGCCUCAGGGGGAUGAAGAGGGGAAGGAGGAGGGGAGGCAGGAAGAGGGGGAGGAGGAGGAGGAGGAGGAGGAGGAGGAGAAGGAGGAGGAGGAGGAGGAAGGGGAGGAGCCGGAGGUGAGAGAGGAGGUGUUGCAGGUGGAAGAAACAGAGGAGGGAGAAGGGGACGGAGAGGAGGACAUAGUAGAGGAGGUAAAGGAGGAGGUAGGGGCGGAAGAGGAGGAAGAGGAGGAGGAGGAAGAGGACGAAGAGGCCCACCGUCCAAGCUGGCACCUGCUGACGUGGCAAACCUUCCGGGAGGUGGUUUCCCGGAACCUUCCGGACGUGGCUGUGGAGGAGAUGGGCGACGCUGAGCUGACAGCGGCGGUGGAGGUGGUGUGUGAGAGGGAGGGGUACGUGGCGAGCUGUGAUUGGACGAGGAAGGUGCUGCAGAUGGCGAGGUUGAUGGGGCUGCAUCAGGGGAUCAUGCUGGUGGGGCCGCCUGCUGGGAAGACCACGGCCUGGAGAGUGCUGCGCAAGGCCUUGGAGGCAUCGCAAGGCGUGCAAGUAUCCGUGACAGUGGUGGAUCCCAAGAGUCUGUCCAAGGAGGCGCUGUUUGGGAGUGUGGAAGCCACCACGCGGGAGUGGAGUGGCAGGACGGCGUGUUCACCCAAGCCUCUACUCUCUACCCCCUCCCUACCCUCUUCUCUUCCUCCCCUUCCUACCCUUUCACCCCUGUCUGCAGUGCUGCGUGAGGCCUUACAGACAUCGCAAGGCGUGCAGGUGUCCGUGACAGUGGUGGAUCCCAAGAGUCUGUCCAAAGAGGCGCUGUUUGGGAGCGUGGAAGCCACCACGCGGGAGUGGCAGGACGGCGUGUUCACCCGGGCUUUAAGGGCCGUCGUGCGAGAGUAUGAGGAGGAGAGGGAGCGGGAGACAGGGAGAGAUGGGGUGGCGGAGGGGGUGGAAGAAGAGGAAACGGAGGGCGAUAGGGAGAGGAGGGAAGGGAUGGAAGGGGAAGGGGAUGAGGGCGAUGGAGGAGGGGAGAUGCGGCAAAGAACAGGAGGGAAUGCGGGGAGGGGCGUGGAGUGGCGGCGGCGGCACUGGUUUGUGUUUGAUGGGGAGGUGGACCCCAUUUGGAUAGAGACUCUCAACUCACUGCUGGAUGAUAACAAGGUGAGAGGGCGUACCCAUUGCCUUGGGCUGCAUGAAAGGGCAAUGCAGGGAGGGGCGACACAAGGAGGGAAGAUAAGGGGAGGCGGCGGGCACUGGUUUGUGUUUGAUGGGGAGGUGGACCCCAUUUGGAUUGAGACACUCAACUCGCUGCUGGAUGACAAUAAGGUUAUGACUCUACCCACAGGAGAGCGCCUGCCUCUCCUACCUCACAUGCACUGCAUAUUCGAGUGCCCCUCCAUCUCACCCACAACACUCUGCAUUCUGCCCCCCUCUCCCACGCUCCCCACCCCGUCUGCCCUCCCCUGCCACCCAUCAGGUCAUGACUCUACCACAGGAGAACGCCUGCCCCUCCUCCCCCACAUGCACUGCAUCUUCGAAUGCCCCUCUCUCGCUCACGCCACUCCCGCCACCAUCUCUCGUCUCGGAGUGGUCUGCUUCCCCCACUCCCUCCUCUCCCUCCCCAUGCUCCUCCACCGCUUCCGCUUCCUCCUCCCCCCCAUGCCCUUCCCCCACCCUCCUCCUCCCCGUGGGGGAAACGAUGAGGUGGCAUGCCGUGCCACGUCAGAGCAGCUGCUGAGCUGUUUCGCUGACGUGGCGAGCGGCCAUUGGAAGCCGUGGGAGGCGGCUCUGCCUGGAUUGGCUGAUGCUGAUGCUGCUGUUGGGGGGUGCUUCGGGGAUGAGGAGGAGGUGGAAGAGGGAGAGGAGGGAACCACUUGCAAUCCGGCUUCAGACGUGGGCAGGCAUGAACUGCCUGUACGCCUGACCAGGCAUCUCACUGUUGCUCAUGUUCCGUUUCCGUCCGGCGCGGCUCUUACGAGAAUAUACAGCACGUUUAUAAGGGGGAUAUUGGCCCGGAACUGGCCUGGGGUGGCAGUGGAGGCGCGGGGGAAUCCUCAGGUGGUUUCUCAGGUGGAUUCUCAGGUGGUUUCUCAGGUGGGCGCGUGCCUGGCAGCGGCGAUGGUGGAGGUGUAUGAGGAGUGUGGGGUGAGGUUCACUCGGGCAGUGCAGCAGCACUACGUGUGCAGUCCUAGGGAGCUUACCAGAUGGACUAGAGGCAUCCGAUUCGCCCUGGUGCAUGGGCAGAAAGGGGUUCAGAGGGGUGGAAAGGGAGACGGGGACGAGAGGGGGGAGAAGGGGGCGGUUGAGAGGGGUGAAAAGGGUGGAGUGAGUGGGAAGAGUGGUAAGGGGCGUAUGGGUGCUGGUGGUGCGAGAUUGGGUGGUGGUGUGGGGCUGGUUGGAGCAACAAGUGCACAUACAGGCGUUGGCGGUGCGGCUAUCAUCGGUGGUGAUGGGGAGGGCAACUGGGCGGCAAGGCUUGUCCUGUCAUGGCUGCAUGAGGGAAUGCGCAUCUGGUAUGAUAGGCUGGUGAGGGAGGAGGAGAGGCAGUGGACGGCGAAGCUGCUGCUGCGGGUGGCAACAGAAAAGAUACUCCCGAUGCUCGUGCCUCUUGUAGGGAACACUCUUGUAACGAGUACAGGGAAUCCUGUAGCUGUUGCUGAUGGAGUUUCUGAUGGUGCUCCUGCUGUGCCUUUCUCGCUACCUGCCGACCCGAGCCGGUUGGUGUUUUCGUCGCUUCUGACGGGGCGGUACAAGCCGUGCGCGGUGAACCACCUGAAAAAGCACCUGAAGUGGGUCCUGACAGGGGAGGCCCCGGAUGCCGCAGGAGGGGCAGGUGCCGGCCAGGUGAAACCAGGUGUUUCUUCAGGUGCUGGGGCAGCAGAAAAGGCCGGGGACAGGAGAGGAGGAGCAGGAAAGCGGGCGUCAAGCAGCAGGGCAGGAGAGAUGGAGGAGGAAACUGGGAGGAGAGUAUUGGAAGAAUCGGAAGGAUUGGGAGUGGAGAAGGGGGAGGAGGAUGCAGUGGAGGUGCAAGCAGGGGAGGUGGUAUUGACUGAUGAGUUUGUGUGUGCGGUGGUGAGGGCAGCAUCGGUGCUGCAGCAGCCCAUGGGGCAUUUGCUGCUGCUGGGUCCUCCUGCAACUGGGAAAUCGACCGUUGCCAGGGCGGCAUCGGUGCUGCAGCAGCCCAUGGGGCAUCUGCUGCUGCUUGGUCCUCCUGCGACCGGGAAAUCAACCAUUGCCAGGUGGGAGGGGCAGGUGGCACGGCACUCCCUCCAUGUGCUUCCUUUUGAGGCGCCUCAAAAGUCAUUCCUGUUUGCUUGUGUGUGUGUGAUCGCUGUGAUGGGAUUGGAGGAGGGGCGGGUGGCGUUCCCUCCAUGUGCUUCCUUGGUUGCCCUCUCCACUUACCCACGAUCCGCAAUCGCUGCGACGGGAUUGGUGGAGGUGCGGGUGGCGCUGCACGCGGGAUUCGAGGAGCGCGAGCUGGACGGCCCGCUGGAGGAGGCGCUGCGGGCGGCGGGGUGCGACGGGCGGCGCGUUUGUCUUGUUCUGGAGGAGGCGCAUCUGGUGGAGAGCGCUGUCUUGGAAAGGCUCAACUCGCUUCUCACGGGGGGGGGACGUUCUUGGGCUGAGCUGCUUGAAUCCCUCCGGCAGCGAGGGGAGGGAGAGGGAAGCGAGGAGGCAGCAUGGGCAGGGUUCAGGAGGAGGAUCCAAGGGGACCUGCACGUGGUGCUGACGAUGACCAGCCAGGGCAGCGCGCACAUGCGCCAGAGCAUGCUGGCGUCCCCGGCUCUCUUCAACCGCUGCACUGUGCUCUGGCUGCCGCCCUGGGGGGACACGGGGCUUGCUCCGCUUGCUCAGAGUCGCCUCGCCGGUGUUUCGCUGGUUCACCCUGUCUCGGCCGCAGCUGCCGCAGCAGCAGGAGGAGCAGGAGGAGGAGUAGGAGGAGGAGCAGGAGGGGCAGGAGGAAGAGGAGACUCCAAGCAGAUUGAUAUGCCGGCUGAUUCUGCGGGUGGUGCUGCUGGUGGGGCUGGGGAAGCGAAGGAGAGGCAGCUGCUGGCGGAGGUUCUGGUGGCAAUUCAUGGCUGCGCUGUUAGUGCUGUUAGCGAGUCGCUCAAUAACAGAGCUUUUGGGAAGGCUGGGCUGGGAGGGGAGCAGCAGCAGGAGGGGAGCUUGCAGCAUUCCUUCUCCCCAGACUCUCUCAUCUCCCUCCGCUCCUUCUCAGACCUCCUCACCCACUUCCACUCCUCCGUCUCCCACUCGCACCGCCGCGCACACCGCACCUUCCAGCACCUCUCCCUGGGCCUCACAAAAGUCACAGCCGCAGAGCACCGCGUAGUACUCCUCCGAAAACACUUAGAACUCAAAUCGAAGGAACUCCAAGUGAAAGAGUCUGCUGCGAACGGGAAGUUACAGCAGAUUGCGGCUGAGCAAGCGCUAGGGGAGAGGCAGAGGAAGGAAGCCCAGGGGCUGAUUGCGAGGUUGGACGAGCAGGCAAGGAGUGUGGAGAGGCAUAGGAGGGAGGCGCAGGAGAAUCUGGAAAGGGUAGAGCCGGCGGUUGAUGCGGCGAAAACUGCAGCCCCGGAGAGGCAGAGGAAGGAAGCUCAGGGGCUGAUUGCGAGGCUGGACGAGCAGGCAAAGAGUGUGGAGAGGCACCGGAGGGAGGCGCAGGAGAAUCUGGAGCGGGUCGAGCCGGCAGUUGAUGCGGCGAAAACGGCGGUGAAGUCGAUCAGGAAAUCCCAGCUGGACGAUUUGAAGGCCAUGCCGAAUCCACCGAGCGCCAUUAAGCUGCUAGAUGAUCUCAAGGCCAUGCCGAAUCCACCGAGCGCGAUUAAACUGGUGAGUGCGUGCAGGUGUGCUUGCUAUGCCAUAGGGUGGCAGGGUGUUCUCUCCGUGGUGCGCCAAAAUAGCUUCAUCUGCUCCACUCCCUUUCCCUUCUUCCCCACCCCACCCUGCCCUCUUCAACCAGACGCUGGAAGGAGUGUGUCUGCUCCUGACCGGCUUAAAGCCCUCCACGUGGCAGGGCAUUCUCUCUUGCUGACGCUGGGGAGUGUGUCUGCUCCUGACCGGCUUAAAGCCCUCCACGUGGCAGGGCAUUCUCUCUGUACGCUCGAGGGCGUGUGUCUCCUCCUGACGGGUUUAAAGCCCACCACGUGGCAGGGCAUUCUCUCUGUCGUGCGGCGAAACGACUUCAUCCCCAAUAUACUGGGAUGCGAUAUGGAGGCCAUAGACCCCGUGCUGGUGCUGCGCGUGAAGCGAGAGUACCUGGAUGCGCGAGUGAUCUCAUUUGAUGCCGUCAACAGGGCGAGCAAGGCGUGCGGGCCGCUGUUCUCGUGGCUGGAAGCAGCGGUGCAGUAUGGGGAGAUCAUCCGGGCCGUGCAGCCCAUGAGGGCCGAGAUGGAGCAGCUGGAGGGGGAGGCGGGGAGCAUGGCGGAAGAAUUGCAACACGUGCAGGUCUGGUUACCACUGAGCGCUCAUGAGAGGGCCGUGCAGCCCGUGAGGGACGAGAUGGAGCAGCUGGAGGGGGAGGCGGGGAGCAUGGCGGAGGAGCUGCAACACGUGCAG